AUCGAUGACACAACGACAAAACCAACCACACAUCACGCUCGAUCUCCUUCAUGCCCGCCACUUGUUGCACAACCACACCCUCCACCGUCCGAUCCCUAUCCCCAUCCGCCCUUCCCUCUCCUCUCCCCUCCCCACUUGUCCUAGAUAUUUUCUCCCUCCUGCUGCCCCUUUUAUAUACUGAAUCGCUUAUCUGUUUGCCUUCAAAGCCGACCAGAUAGAAUAAGCAGCUACCUGAGGAGUCAGCUGUGCGUGUUAGUUUCUUCAAAUCUAAUCAAUGGCUUCCAUGGCUGCAACCAUCACAGCCUCCCUCUCCUCCAAGCCCAAAAUCCCCAAUUUCCCCGACACCCACCUCCACCCCUCCUUCCACGGUGUCUCGGUUAAUCCCGCCCCCCGGUUUCAACCCAUCAAGGCCGCGCCGCUAAACCUCUCAGUCUCCGCCAGUAGUAGUUCUUCUUCUCCGCCGUACGAUCUCCGGUCCUUCAGCUUCGAGCCCAUCAGGGAGUCGAUCGUGUCGCGCGAGAUGACCCGGCGGUACAUGACGGACAUGAUCACCUACGCCGACACCGACGUCGUGGUGGUGGGCGCGGGCUCCGCGGGGCUCUCCUGCGCGUACGAACUUAGCAAGAACCCCGCAGUGAGCGUGGCGAUCGUGGAGCAGUCGGUGAGCCCGGGCGGCGGCGCCUGGCUGGGCGGGCAGCUGUUCUCCGCCAUGGUGGUGCGGAAGCCGGCUCACCGGUUCCUGGAUGAGUUGGGGGUGGAGUACGACGAGCAGGACAGCUACGUAGUGAUAAAGCACGCGGCGCUAUUCACGUCAACGAUCAUGAGCCGGCUGCUCGCGCGGCCGAACGUGAAGCUGUUCAACGCGGUGGCGGCGGAGGACUUGAUCGUGAAGGAGGGGAGAGUGGGGGGAGUGGUGACGAACUGGGCGCUGGUGUCGAUGAACCACGACACGCAGUCGUGUAUGGACCCUAACGUGAUGGAGGCGAAGGUGGUGGUUAGCUCGUGCGGCCACGACGGGCCGUUCGGGGCCACGGGGGUGAAGAGGCUCAAGACCAUCGGCAUGAUCGACAGCGUGCCGGGGAUGAAGGCCCUCGACAUGAACUCCGCCGAGGACGCCAUCGUCCGCCUCACCCGGGAGGUCGUCCCCGGGAUGAUCGUCACCGGCAUGGAAGUUGCGGAGAUCGAUGGUGCCCCCAGAAUGGGGCCUACGUUUGGGGCGAUGAUGAUAUCGGGGCAGAAGGCAGCGCAUCUAGCAUUAAAGUCGCUUGGGCUGCCGAACGCGCUGGAUGGAACGCAAGCGGAAACCAAUAUUCACCCUGAGCUGAUCCUGGCUGCUGCCGAGUCGGCGGAAACUGCUGAGGCUUAAAUAUCAAUUGGCUGGAUGAAGACGGCUGCGACUUGCGAAUAAAAAGAAAGUUUUUUGGUGUGGGGGAAGGGGUUGUUUAAACAUGGUGUUUUUUUUCCCCCACUAUGUGAUCAUGGUCUUGCAACUUCAGGAGUUCACUUUGUUUUUAUUGUUGUCUAUAUAUUUAUAAAUAUCCAUCCUCUUCUAUAUGUGAUAAUGGACUUGCAACUUGAGGAGUUCACUUUGUUUUUAUUGUUGUCUAUAUAUGUAUAAAUAUCUAUCCUCUUC